AUGAGUCUCUUUGGGCUUGGACGGAACCAGAAGACAUUCCGCCCCAAGAAGAGCGCUCCAUCAGGCAGCAAGGGAGCGCAGCUCCGAAAGCACAUAAAUGCCACUCUCGGCAGUGGAAACCUUGGGAAGCUAUAUGUGGUAUCAUCACCAAAAUAUGUGGAGUAUCUGAUGGAUUGGAUUGAAGGCCAGCUUGAUGAUGAAUCCAUAUUUCCUCAAAAACUUGGCACACCAUUCCCACCAAACUUCAAGGAAGUAGCGAAGACAAUAUUCAAGUGCUUGUUUCGUGUAUAUGCCCACAUCUACCACUCUCAUUUCCAGAAGAUUGUUAGCCUUAAAGAGGAGGACCAUCUCAAUACCUGUUUCAAGCACUUCAUUCUGUUUACAAAUGAGUUUGGCCUGAUUGACAAAAAGAGCUGGAUCCACUCCAGGAGCUAG